AAAAAGACUAUGAUAAAUGUUUUUAAAAUUGUAGAUAAUAAUGCGUUACGAUAAGGUUAGAGGUUUUUUAUUUAAUUGUUUCGUGAUUUUUCUUCUCCCGAUAUUAUUGACCACAAGCAACGAGGGUAUAUAUAUAUAUCGAAAGAUUUACGAACUAUGAAUUAACAGUGCCAAUUAAUGCAAAUUAUCUAAAGAUAGUCUCAUUUUUUAUUUUUUUAGCAUAUGAUACCGAAGAUGUAGAUUUAUCCAAAUGUAAACUUACACAGCUUGGAACGGAAUAUCGAGGUUCGAAAAUGGUAACCAGUAAUAAUGUUCGUUGCCAAUAUUGGCAAACAGAUCAGCCACUUCAUAAGGUUGAUCCUAAUAUAACGGAUGCAGACUUCCCCGAGAAAUCUAUGAAAGCUGCGAAAAAUUAUUGUCGUAACCCUACUAAUGAUCCACGAGGUCCUUGGUGCUAUACAUUAGAUCCUACUCUUAUAGACGAUGAAUGCGAUGUACCUCUUUGCAAUUUUGGUAGUAAGUAGAAA